AUGUUCAUGGCGACUGGCAGCGGCGGCAGCAGCCCUGCGGCGUGGCGCGUGGUGCUCGCCAACCUCCUGGCGGGCGCGGUUGCAGGCUGUGCGGUGGAGGGAGCCCUCUACCCCAUCGAUACGAUCAAGACCCGCCUGCAAGCGAUGAUCGGCGGCGGCGGCUUCAAGGCUCUCAUAGAGUCUGGCGGCGGCCGGGGCCUCUACGCGGGCGUGUGGGGUAACCUGGCUGGCGUGGUCCCCAGCAGCGCGCUGUUCAUGUCGGUCUACGAGCCGGUCAAGCAGAUGGUGUACCGUCGCACCGGGGACGAGGAGUCCUUCUGGGGCCCCGUCCUGGCGGGCGUCGCGGCCGGCGCUGCGGCGAGCCUCACGCGCGUGCCGACAGAGGUGGUCAAGCAGCGGCUGCAGACGCGGGAGUUUGCGGGCGCCAUCACCGCGCUCCGCACUAUCCUGGCUAAGGAGGGCGUGAGGGGCCUGUACGCCGGUUACGGCGCAUUCCUGCUGCGCGACCUCCCAUUCGACGCCAUCGAAUUCGUGGCAUACGAGCAGUUCAAGCAGGCGGCGAAGCGCACGCUCAAGCGGGACCCCAACGCGGUGGAGGUAUCUCUGAUUGGCGCCCUGGCCGGCGGCUUCACCGGUGAGACGCGUCACAUGCCGCAGCGGCCGCCGCCUCGUCGCAAACGGCGGGCGCACCCGCUUGGGCGCAAGGGGGCGUGCGGUUUCGGGUUUCUUUCAUGA